AAAAGACAGAAAAAAGAGUGUAUUUUAAAAAGUGAAACGAAAGUGUCAGAGCAAAGUGCAAGCAAAAUACUCAAAAGUGCAAUAAAAAGCAAAAAAAUAAAAAUUAAAAAGCUUAAAAGCAAAAGUGUCAAGUGCGAGAAAAUGUGGCGAGCCAUGAAAGCCAAGUUCAGGCUCUAAGUUCCAAAGCCAGAAGCGAGAAGAAAGUAAGAAACAGAUUAGAGAAGAAAGAAAACUCAGAAAACCAUACAAAUCAAAUCAAAAUCCCGUUUAAUCCGUUAAUCCGUUAACACCGAAACGUACAAAAAUGUCCACCGGUCGCCGUUUAGCCAAACGCUCCAUCAUCGGCACCAAGGUGUGCGCCCCGGGUCCGGACGGUCUCUGGUACUCGGGCGUCAUCUCGGACGUCAAAACGCCGCCCACCGCCGCCGGCAAGCCGCUAGCACCACUCUCGCCGCCACCGCCGCCCACUUUCCUGGCGCCCGGCGACACGCACCUUAACGCCGAUACGCGCUAUAUCGUCCGGUUCGAUUUCAAGACCGCCGCCGCCGUGUCCUCGUCCACGUCCUCGUCGUCGUCGUCCACGGGCUCCCCGGAUCCCUCGGUCACCGUCGCGGAGUCGCGUCGCGCCAACGUUCACAUCAGUCCGGCCCAGGCUCUGCGCCGCAAUGCCAUGAUCAAGGAGUUUGGCGAAUCGGAUCUAAUUGGUCCAGGAUUCCGCUCCAUAAUGGGCAUCCAGCUGCAGCCCGGACAACGUGUCUUCCUCACAUACCUCGGCCGGGAGCAGAGCGGCGAUGUGGUCCAGCACGAUGCCAGCAAGGACGAGGUGGUUGUCAAGAUCACAACAACAGGAAAUGAGGAACCGAUUGAGCUGAAGAAGCGCCUGGAGGAAGUGCGUCUGCUGGAAUCGCGACGCUCCGCCCGGCUAGCAGAUCAGGAUCGCGACACGGACUUCGCCAGACUCGCCGACAUGAGUGGCGACCGCCGCAGAACCACCACACACAGUAUUGAGGUGCCAUCGCCGCUGACGCCGCAGCACAACUCACGGAAACGUCCGCCCAGCGAUCACCAGGACUACGGUCCCAGCAAGGAGGUCGAACUUAAUGCAGCCAUGAUUCUCAUGAAUCUUAAAUCCCAUGAACACAAACUUGGCGCCGACAAAUGGCACGAGCUGAGCUCGAGUCCUGGCAGCAGCUCGUCGGCCUCCUGGAGCUCCGGCUCUGCCUCGCCGCCAUUGAGCGACGACGGCCACGCCCACCACAGUCCCAUAGCCAUGUCGUCCUUGGAGGCGGCCAGCGCACGCAUACGCACAACAUCCGUGUCCACCUCGGACGAGGGAAUUGUCAGUGACUUCAAGGAGGAGCGUAAGAAAAAGUCCAAAAAGUUCCGCUGUCUCUAUGGGGGCUGCGACUACACCGAGCUCGAUCACAAGAAAAUCCAGCGCCACGUCAGGAAAAUACACUUGAGAAAAAAGGCCCGCUCCGGGGAAUAUGACAGCUGCAGCGAACACGAAGAGGACUUCUACUAUGACGAGGAGGAAGAAGAGGAUGAGGAGCUGGAUAAGACCACCAACUUGGCCUCCGAACCGACGCUUAGCCACAGGGACAUGGCACGUCCGCCUCACGAGGAUCCGGAAUACCAGAAACAGAUUGUGGGAAACUUCAAGCAAGGACGAAGCCACUACAACCGCGUGACCUACCAGAGGGCGGAUCACCACAUUGGUGGUGGAGCUGGAAGCAGCAUCAGCGGCAGCAAUAGUAGCAUACCGAUCACCCACCAACAGCAGCUGCAAAACAACAACACCAGCUGCACUCCCAGCACGCACCUGGUGCACCACGACUACACCUGGCCAGCGGCGGCGGCCACGUCUGGCGGGAUUGGUAGCAAUACCACCGGAACGGGAAACAACCCGGGAGCCAGCUCCACCUCGCCGCUCACCAAGCAUGCGCGCUCGUCGUCCACCCGUCCGUCCCUCUCGGUAGCGCCAUAUCCAUCGCCAACGUGCGUCCAGCAGCAGCAACACCACAACAAUCACCACACGCUCCACCACAACUAUGCGGGAAGCAGCAGCACACCCAGUGGCAGCUGUAGCAGCUCGAGCAGUCCGGUGAUUCACCGCAAUAGCAGUGCCAACAAUAUGCUGCAGCAGUUAUCGCAGCAGAAUGUGACCGUUACGGCGCACCAUCACCAACAGCAGCAACAGCACCAUCACCAACAACACCAGCAGCAUCUCGUCUCCAGUGUGACGAUCACGCCCAACUACAACCCGGCGCAGCAGCAUCACAGCCACCAUCAACAGAUGCGCCACCAACAGACAACUGCCGGCAACCUGGUUGCCCACAAUCACAGCAACAACCACACCAGCAACAGCAGCAACAACAGCAGCAACCACUCCAGUGGAAGCAUGCAUAUGGCAGUGCAGCCGGUGAAGCACACACCGCACUCGCCGGGCAAGAGGACGCGAGGGGAGAACAAGAAAUGCCGCAAGGUCUAUGGCAUGGAUAAGCGCGACCAGUGGUGCACCCAGUGCCGGUGGAAGAAGGCAUGCAGCCGCUUCGGAGACUGAAAGCGGCAGAAGUCGUCGACGGAGGCGGCAAACCAGGCGUCGGCGCACCAGUCCAAGGCAGCAGUAUCAGCAUCCGUUAAAGCAGCAAACCCAGCCACAACUCCCAAUUCAACAACAUCAGCAACAAAAAUGACCACCACGGUGGUGCGACUGGCAGCUGAAGUGGCGGCAGGAAAACAGCUUCCUGCCUCACUCACCAUCAAAACCAAUCGGCGGUACGGAGCCAGUCAGGGCCACCACGUGGCCCAAAACCAGCACCAUCCUUACGCGGUGACCGCCAACAGCAACACAAUUAUCAAUAGGCCAGUGCGUAUACGCAGUGUGGCCACUUCGGUGAUUGUGGCGCCAAUUUCAUCCGUACCCACCAAUGCUGAGGGAGCUGAGGAAGGAGAAAUGGAGACAGACGAUCCGGAGGCGGAGGAACCCGAUGCGGAUGAGGAGGAGGAGCAGGAAAUGGAACAGGAGGAGCUGGAGGAGGAGGAGCAGGUGGCCGCCGCCAAUGGGUUGCUGGCCUGGAGCCGAGCAGCCGCCAGCCAGCAUCAGCAGCAGCAGGCUGCCCAGGCCGUGCUAAUGCAGGGCUAAGCUCCUGCGAACUGCGAUACUCCUAACCCACUGAACCACUCAAACCACUGACCCACCAUCGCCAGAGAUCGCCCCCGUAAUCCAUCUGUUAGACUGGACUGCUGGGACAAGCUGUUGCUGCCUGCCGCAGGACAAAUCGCCAAUGCGAAAUGCAUUGUGCGAAAUGCAAACGAAAAAUGGUCUCUUCUUAUUUACUCUGCAUUGUAAUGUGCACCUUAAACACGUAACGGUAUCUCUUUUGUUGUUGUGCUGGUGUUGCCAACUGCCGUGCAAAAUGUUGCAAAGCAAACAUUGAAAGCUUGCUAGUUGCAACACAACGCACCCGGGCAACAUUUGCAAUAUACAAUAAUUUUAUUUUAUAUCAUACAUAUUAUACUAUACAUAUUUAUUUCUAAAAUGACUUUGUUAAUUUUUAUGUUAAUACAUUGAAGCAGCAGCAACGGAUGGCAGUUUUUUACAAACGAAAACCUUAUGUAUAUGCCAGCUGUUAAACAAUACAUAUAUGCUAUAAAACAUUACAAAAAAAUGCAAAAGAAAAAAACAGAAAAAAAUAAUUUAAAACCUAAACAU